AUGGGCUUCCUCCCACUCUUGCUCUUUCUCCUGGGUAUUACAGGUUGCAUUGUCGAAGGUGUCCAUGAAGUGCUGGAGACCAUAGCUGGUAGCUCGAUAUCCCUACAAUGUCGCUAUGAACCAAAAGAUAGCCGGGGCCGGAAGGUGUGGUGUCGAAUCGUGUCCACGGGGUGCCGUUCCCUCGUCACUUCCAUGGUGGACAGGAGAGCCGUAGGUAGUGGGAAAGCCCACCUCACGGACCUGGGUGAAGGCUUACUCGAAGUAGUGAUGGAUGACGUGCAGCUGGAGGAUGCUGGCGAGUAUAACUGCAUGAUGGAUACGGCCACUGGACCCCAGGUCAUGCAAACGUUCAUUCUGAAAGUAUCCCUGCCAGUGUCAAGGCAGGAGGAAGAGGAGGAAGAGGAGGGGAAGAAGGAAGACUACGAGGAAGAAACUUUGACUUUAGCUCCUAUGGAAUAUCCUACAAGCAGCCCAAGCUUCAGCCCCGUGGAGCCCAACCGAGAAGCCUGGAGCAUUCCCUUGGUCUGGGGUUCUGUGCUUCUCCUGGGUCUGCUACUCGUGGCUGCUGUGGUAUUGGCUGUGAUAGCUGGCAGGAUGGGGGGCAAACUGGACAUUUGUGGGCGAUCUCAAAGCAGUGAAACAUCAGCCUGGGAUACCAGGAUGUCUGCUGAAGAGCCAUCCAGUGUGCCUUAUGAGAAGCUGGGGACUCCUCCCUCGUUAGAUGACACUACUUACACCAACCCACCUCUAGGUCCCCCGUCAGGAAAACCACCACCUCCACCUCCUCCAACAACCAAAUCAGAGCCCCAGGUCCAUUUCAGCACUAAGCCUGUAACAUAUGCAACUGUUGUCUUCCCCUCCGGGGCUGAGGAUGGAGAGACCCCCAGUCAACCUACUUAG